AGUAACAACUAGCUAAAUUAUUCCACCAAGCUUGUUUUGUCUCAUUAUAAUGCGUUUUAUGUUUCUAACGUUGAAUGACUUUGGUUUGCAAUAAGAAAAUGCUACGUGUCGAGUAUGUCGUGUGAUACAAAAAUGAAAGUAUACAUAGGAAAAAACACUACACAUGGGCAUUUCAUAUGACAAUCUACAGCCAAAGGCAGAUAGAUUGGCAGUGAGGUACAAGUCAGCUUGGUCUGUAAAGGAGCGUACGAAGCGAGCAAUCAAUGAACCAUCUAUCUUACAAGGGUUCGCGUGGGAGGUCGAGAAACUAACCACGCACAAACCAAAAGGACCAACCACGACUGAAGACGCGGUCAUCUUUGAACCUGGCGGCAAGGUGUCUCUAGACAUUCCUGAUAGGCUGUUCGGAUCUUCUUUCAACCUAAUCACAAACCUGUCUACUACAGUCGGAGAUUUCAUAACGAACUCUGCUGUUAGAACACAACGUUUGUUGGAAUCUAUGAGACCAUUCCUUAGAAGAACAUUUGGAUCAAAGGGAAUAGUAAUCGAAGGACCAACAGAUAAACCGAUCUUCUCCGAUCCCAAGGAAUCCAGCAGCUAGAGAAGAUAUUAAUUAAACAUAGAAAUGAGUGAAAAUAUUGUUUAGGAUUAGAUUAUUCUUAAAUAUAAUAUAAUAUUAUUAAUUAUACACAUUACCUCACCAUUAGGCCAUUAGAGAAUCUGAAAGUGAUCAAAUAUAGCACAAUACACAGUCAAGUUUUGAAUUAGUACUAACCAAAAUCCAUAAUUCAGUAACAAUUAGUAUAGAGCGGUGUCCUUCCUUCUCGUUUUAGCUCGUGAGUACAACGUAGGCAUUCUAGUGACUAAUGUAUCUUACCUGUUCGUCAGAUGGAUGAUAGGAUAAUAUAAAUAAUGCUGGAAUCCCUUAACCCUUGUAUGUGAUCGAUAUAUUCACUAAACCACACAUAUUUAUAAGCCUAUGGGGCAUGGUUUGUGUCACUCACACGUUAUUCAUUUUGGAUAAAAUGUAAGGGUGGGCCAUCCGUUGGUUUCUUUUUUAAGUUGGUAUUAAAACUAUACUUUUCAAUAAUAUGUAACACUCGAUACUUUAUUCAAAAGAAUACACCCUCAGAUUAUUUAUCAAAGCCAAUUUCAGUUAAAUGGCUGCCUCGGC